CUCUACGCAAGGCAUUUUGCAAGAGAAAUGUUUUAAGUAACUUUUAGCAUAUCGUUUUCUUGUUUUACCGUAGAAGUAGUUUAAUCGCAUUGGCAUCGAAACAAGUGUGCUUGGAUCCAAUCACCUUGCCAGCAUUCAGUAACGCAUGACGGGUUUCUCUGCGAAAACGAUUACGUGGAUUGUUGCACUUGUAUUAUAGUUGUUUACACUUUGGCCGUGCCAAAAUGUCUUCCCCGUUUAGUUCGUCGUCCGAGUAUAACAGUGCCCUGGACCAGACCUUAAAUUCAACCAUGCUGAAUACUUCUGAAAGUGAUAUGGAAAAUUUGAACCGAACCGGCGACUCGAGCGAUACUCUGCGGGUUAAGCAAAGCAAAUCUGUGAAAGACUCGACGCGACAACUGUUGGAUAGUUUGCGCAACAACAACCUCAACCAGGCCACCGGAAUCGACAGUAUCGGAGAUAAUACGAGCGCCCUCAACAGCACUGCCAGCACGCUCAGUCUUGACUUGAGUGGCUCGGACUUAGGCCAAAAUGUCACACUGUCUUUCGUAAGCUCUUCGGAAGAAGAUGAUGAGCAGAAGGUAGGCACACCGCGUGCACCGGACGUGAGCAUUAAUAUGUCUCAAUCGCCCGACACGUCGACGGUAACGACGGGUGGCGAAAAGGAUUCUCGUGAUACAACGGCCAACGUAUCGCUACUGCCGAUAGAAAGUACCGCUUCCACAAUACCAGUAUACGGCACAUUGGAAGAGUUUGAUCGUCACCUCCCGGAGACGGUCACAGUUCUAACGACGCCUGACGGGGCCAAGGUGUAUCUGGUGGGCACGGCGCACUUCAGCGAAAGCUCGCAGCGAGAUGUGUCGUUCGUGAUGCGCAACGUACAACCGAAUGUGGUUAUGCUAGAGCUGUGUCCAUCGCGGGUGCACAUCCUCCGGCAUGACGAGCAGACACUGCUGGAGGAGGCGAAGAACAUGAACUUAGCCAAAAUGCGCACCAUAAUUCAGACAAACGGUUCCAUCAACGGAUUGUUCUACAUUCUUCUGCUAAGCAUGAAUGCUAAGUUCACCAAGAAACUAGGCAUGGCACCAGGCGGCGAGUUCCGGUGCGCUGUGAAGGAAGCGCAGAAAAUACCUAAUUGCAUCAUCCAACUAGGCGAUCGGCAAAUCAAGGUGACUCUGCAGCGGGCACUACGUGGACUUUCGGUAUGGCAGACGGUGAAGCUCAUUCCGAAAUUGCUCUUCAUGGACGACAUCACCCCGGAGGAGGUAGAACAGUGCAAGAAAAAAGACUUGCUGGAAGAGAUCAUGCUCGAGAUGGCCGAAGAGUUCCCGGCGUUCGGUCGCGUCUUCAUCGACGAGCGCGAUCGUUACCUUUGCCACUCGCUGCAAAUGGCCGCUCUGCCAAUUAAGCAUUCGGAUGGAACCGAGCAGCCGGUGCGCGUGGUCGCUGUUGUCGGCAUUGGACAUGCAGCCGGUAUUGCCAAACACUGGGGCAAAGUGAGCACCGAAAGCAUCCAAUCAAUUGCUUGUAUCCCUCCAGCCAGUUUGGGACAACGAAUGCUAAAGUAUACCAUCAAAUACGGACUGCUUGGAGUUACCGCGUACGGUGUGUAUCGAUUUGCUCGAUCCCGAUUGGCGUGAUUGCUUGCGUCUCCCGCACUUUAUUGCUUUUCGCGAGAGCGAUUGCUAUUUUGUCUACGAUGAGUUGAGUUUUGCGGAUUUGCAGAAUAAUCAAAAUAUACAUAUAUAGAUUUACGACGACGUUACCGUUAUAUGGGCGGAUAGGGAAGGGUUUACACUUUGACAACCAGCACAAAACUCCACGUAUCAUUCCAUAUGGAACCGAACACAUCUAGUGAUUGUAGAAUGGAGAAAAACAGUAAGCCGCAUGGCGCAAUGACCGAAUGAGCUAAUAAAUAUAGUACCCAAUUGCGCGUCUGCGUAUCAAG